AUGGGAGUUGUAAAGUUGCAAUUGGCUCUUCUCUUCUUGUUUGUUUUCAUUCCUGUGUAUGGGGAAGAACUUGGUUUCUUUGAAUUGUCAUUGACUUGGCCAAAUGGUUUUUGUGUGCCAAGACAGUGUCGUGAUCACAUCCCUCAAGACUUCACACUACAUGGUUUUUGGCCUUACUGGCAGAAUGGUACGCAAGCUACUUAUUGCCCACCAAUCCAUGAACUAAAGAGAAAAGAUGUGGAGGGUAUUCGAGGUUCACUUUCAACCCAUUGGCCAAAUCUCCUAGACAGCGAAGCUAACGGUUACAAAAACGAGUUUCAAGCUGAUUUUGCAUUUUGGAAGCAACAAUGGACAAAACAUGGCACUUGUUCAAAACUGGACCCUAAGACUUAUUUUUCCAUCGCCAUGAACCUUAAAAACAAAAUCAAUAUGCUUGGCGCUCUUCGAUCUUUUGGUAUAUCUAAUUGCUAACUGUACUCUUUUUCUUUUUCUUUUUUUCUUUUUCUUUUGUUUGAAUGUAAGGAGUACUUUUACUUGCUGCAAAUUCAUUACUAACGUAAUGAAAAAAUUUCAACAGGAAUUCAACCAAGGCAAAGGACAUACAUUGUGAGGGAUAUAUUGCUUGGAAUAGCAGAAACAACGACUUACAAUACUGUUGUGGAUUGCUUUGAGGUUAAUGAUGGAAAGUAUUGGGUAAUACAAGAGAUCAAACUCUGUGUCACAGCUGCAGGACACGAGUUUGUUUCGUGCGAAAGGCAAUAUUCUAAUGGGUGCAAUGGGAACAAUAACUACGUAUAUUUUUCUGUUGAAAAGAAUAAGUAUGUCCACUUUGUAUUUUUUUAAUCACUUUGCUAUAAAUUUCCUUAAAAAAAUUUCUUAAUUCGUUCACUAAUAUCCCGCUCUAAUCUUUGUUUCAGGAAGAGAGAGCUAUAAUCUUUCUUUUAGGUACCAAGAACUUGUUACAUGGAAAUAGCUAUAGCCUUUGUCGAUUGAAAGAAGUAAAGUACAUACAGGUUUUAUGUAGGAAGAAGUUUAGUAUUUGUCCAACUUCUAUAUAGAAAUGUUUGGUGGAAUUAUGAAAUGAGAAAUACAAAGUAAAUUUUACUGUUACUGUGUUUAUGUUGUCCAUGUUUAAAAACACCAACGUUAUCUAUUCCUUAAUUUUCUUCAUACAACAAGGUUUGGGUA